CGAACUUGGCAACCUCGCCUUAGAAAAAUGUAUAGGCUAUGUAAUGGCGAACUCGAUAGAUAAAUACGAUCUUCACAGAGCAGUUUUUGAAAAUGAUUUGAAAACCCUAUCGCGACUGCUACGCAAACACGAUGUCGCGGAGAAAGACAGACACGGAAAUACGGCCCUCCACCUCGCCGUAAUGCUCGGGAGAAAAGAAUGCGUUCAGCUGCUUUUAAAGUACGACGCUCCGGUUAAGGUUAAAAACGGACUAGGCUGGACCGUUCUGGCGGAAGCUGUCAGUUAUGGAAAUCGCCCGACAAUCUCGUCUCUUGUACGAAAAUUUCGGCAGCAGUCCCGCGAGCAAAUGGAAAGCAGGCGGCCGAACCUGGUCAAGGCCCUAAACCAAAUCGGCGACUUUUACAUGGAGCUCAAGUGGGACUUUCAGUCGUGGGUUCCGCUAGUUUCGCGUAUUUUACCUUCGGACAUAUGCAAGAUCUACAAGUGCGGGGCGAACAUACGACUGGACACGACGUUGGUCGAUUUUUCCGACAUGAGAUGGGAGCGAGGCGAUAUCUCCUUCAUUUUUAACGGGAACGCGUCGCCCAAUCAGAGCCUAACCGUUCUCGACAACGUCUUGAAGGUGUACCAGAAUGUGAAGUACGAGGAGAGCGAAAUCGAAAUUGAGGACGAGGUGGACCUGCUGAUGUCGACCGACAUAUUGUCGGCGCAGAUUUCGACGAAGAAUAUUCAUUUUAUGCGCGCCCAAUCGGGCUGGAUCUUUCGAGAGGAUAAAAAGGAACUCGUCGCCGGGCAAUACGAAAGCGAACUAUACUCCGUACACGGCCUCGUUCUCGAAAGUCGAAAACGAAGGGAGCACCUAUCGCACGACGACCUACAGAAAAACAAGGCACUACUCGAAAGCUUCACGAAAGGUUCGAAUAACCAAACUUUCGACCAGCACGGAGUUCCUGUCAGACGUACGAGCCUGAGUCCGCCGCCCGACAAGAACGUCACGUGGGAGGAUUACCUGAGCGCCGAGGUCAACAACUACCCGCGACUGGGACGCGAGCUCGUCUACAAGGAGUCGACGAAAUCGUUCAAGGCGACCAUCGCGAUGAGCUGCGACUUUCCGCUAUCCGUCGAGAUGCUGCUCAACGUGCUGGAGGUGAUCGCGCCGUUCAAGCACUUUUCGAAGCUCCGCGACUUUAUCACCUUCAAAUUGCCGAGCGGUUUCCCCGUGAAGGUGGAGAUACCGAUCUUGCCGACGAUUACCGCCAAAGUUACGUUUCAGCAGUUCGAGUUUCGUGACAACAUGACCAACGAUUUGUUCACGACGCCCGGAGAGUACACGGAAGAUCCGACAAGGUUCCCCGACUUAUGACGCCCUGAACUGUUAAAUACCUUCGAAAUAAACUACACGAGCAAACCUCAGUUUAUCACCGCAUCCGAUAAGCUCUCGAUGCGAAGCGCUACGUUCGUAAAUCGUCUACAUAAACGUUCCAUGGCUGUCCACGACGGUAUUAAUCCCACUCUGUUAGUCGAGAUCCCGAUGUUUUUCACUUUCGGUAGCAUUUACUCCACGAGUUGCAUAAUUUACGUGGAGUGAGACGUGCGAGUUGAGGCGUCCGGCGAUAACCACACUGUGAUUAGAGGAGAUUCGUAAGCACCCUCGCAAAUUAGUUUAAAACUCUGUACAUAAUAGGCGCAAAACUCUAAUUAUUAUUAUAAGAAAGUACAAACUCAA